AUGAGUAUAAAAAAAGCAGGUGUUUUAGGAGCGACUGGCUCAGUGGGUCAGCGUUUUAUAUUGUUAUUGGCAGAUCACCCAGAAUUUCAAUUACAUGCAUUGGGUGCAUCAUCUCGUUCAGCUGGUAAAGAAUAUAAAGAUGCUGUUUCCUGGAAGCAAACAGAUUUAAUGCCAGAAAUAGCAAAGAAAAUAAAAGUAUCUGAAUGUAAACCAGAGGGAGCAUUCGCAGAAUGUGAUAUUGUAUUUUCAGGCUUGGAUUCUGAUUAUGCUGGUGAAAUUGAAAAAGCAUUUGCAGAUGCUGGACAUGCAGUUGUUUCAAAUGCUAAAAAUUAUAGAAGAGAGCCAACUGUACCAUUGAUCGUUCCAAUAGUCAAUCCAGAACACUUAUCUGUUGUUGAAAAGAAAGUAUCUGAUGCAAAAAAAGAAGGAAAACUGAAAGAGGGUUUCAUUAUUUGCAUUUCUAAUUGCUCUACCGCAGGAUUGGUUGCUCCGUUGAAGCCUUUAGUGGAAAAGUUCGGCCCAAUAGAUGCUUUGACAGCAACUACUUUGCAAGCAAUUUCAGGAGCUGGUUUUUCGCCCGGUGUUCCUGGCAUUGAUAUUUUAGACAACAUUAUACCUUACAUCGGUGGAGAAGAAGACAAAAUGGAAUGGGAAACCAAAAAGAUUUUGGGUGGCGUGAGUGAGGACGGAAAUGGUUUUGCUCUUUUGUCGGACAAAGACAUUAAAGUUAGUGCUCAAUGUAAUCGUGUUGCGGUCAGUGAUGGCCACACCGAAUGCAUUUCUUUCAGAUUUGCGAAAAGACCAGCACCGUCAGUCGAUGAAUUGAAGAAGGCAUUAUCUGACUAUGUUUGUGAUGCUUACAAGUUGGGAUGUCAUUCUGCACCUAAGCAAACAAUUCAUGUGUUAGAAGAACAAGAUCGUCCUCAACCGAGAUUGGAUAGGAAUAGAGAUAGUGGAUAUGGAGUUUCCGUAGGAAGAGUCAGAGAAGAUCCUGUUCUUGAUUUCAAGAUGGUUGUUUUAUCUCAUAAUACAGUCAUAGGAGCUGCUGGGGCUGGUGUUUUGAUUGGAGAAAUUUUGAAAGCCAAAAAUGUGAUUUAA